AUGGCACUCAGUUUAAGAGCACUCUGCAAGCAGGAACGUUUCUACUUAGACACGAUGCAGAAUCUGUUAGAUUUUGUUCAAAAUUAUAACAUGAUUCGAGAUAAAGAGCAACUCCCGGUGUGGCGAGAAAGAUUGGAGGAAACGUUUGAUAAAUUUCAAGGUAACCGUUUGCAGAUGGAUCUGUUAGAGGAGGAUGGUCACUAUCUUGAUGACACCUCGAUGGAAGGAGCCAGAGAUAUCGAAAGUGUACUUGAAACGGGACUUAAAACAGAUGCUAGCCGUGCAGCAAGAGAUCAAUUCGAGCUGAACUAUAACUGUUCGUCCAGUGCAUGUCGUGUUUGUGGUCAAAAGCACCACACGAUGUUACACCAUCAAGCUAGCAGUCGCAAUCCAAAUCAAAGCCAGCCUUCUAAAGCACCUACAAAUCCACCUGUCGCGAAUCAAACUCAGUCUCAACCUCAGAACAGUCGAAACCCGCAAAUUGUUUCGAAUCAGACUUCCUCGCAAACCAUUCCUACGGAUGCUCCCCGUGCAUCAACAUCGUCAUCACUCAGCCAUUGCUCCACCUCCUUGGUUGCCAAUGUUCGUCAAAUUCCGUCGACUGUGUUACUGCAGACAGCUUUAGUUAAAACUUUCAACCCUGCUGGAAACGUUUUGUGGGCUAGAGUGUUGCUCGAUCCCGCAUCGCAGCUGAAUGUCGUCUCAGAACGAUUCAUACAACGUCUAUCAGUUCGAAAGCAAAAAGAUCAUCGUGUUAUUGGAGGAAUUGGCGUUUCUUCUCACUCCGUCGUUGUUCGUAUUCAGUCUCACUAUACCGAAUUUAGUGCCGACCUCAAAUUCCAUAUUUUGAAUGAAAUAACUCGUAAACUUCCCUCAAAUGCUGUUGAUACUUCCGAAUGGAUCUGGCCGACGGAUAUCAUUCUUGCUGAUCCAAAAUUCCACGAACCUGCACAUAUCGACAUGAUCAUCGGAAUGGAGAUUUAUUACGAUCUACUCCUUGACGGGCUAAUUCGUUUGGGUCCUGAAAAACCGGUGUUGCAACAAACUGCCCUGGGCUGGGUAGUCUCAGGAAAGGUGGGAGUUCUUCCACCAAGUCAAUCGAAUACAAGUAUCGUUCAUAUAUGUAGCUCAGAAGCCCUCGAUGAUCAAUUAGCGAUGUUUUGGGAGUUAGAGUCCUGUCCAUCUUCAAGCAUCAUGUCUGUCGAAGAAACAGAGUGUGAGAGACAUUUUGCGGCUACCACUAGUCGAGAUAGUACAGGGCGUUUUGUGGUAGUACUUCCAAAGAAAGCAUCCGUUCUUUCUCAACUCGGAAAUUCUUAUGAGAUUGCGAAACGUCGAUUUCUUUCAUUGGAGCGUCGAUUGCAUGUCAAUCCAAAUCUACGAUCGUCAUAUGCGGCGUUUAUCGAGGAAUAUCGCAACCUGAAACAUAUGCAUGAAGUCACAGAUUCACAGACAAGUUCGAGCACAUCAUAUUAUCUUCCGCAUCAUUGUGUUGUGCGUCCUGAUAGCAUCACCACAAAACUACGUGUUGUAUUUGAUGCAUCAUGCACUACAGACACCGGUGUUUCAUUGAAUGAUGCUCUGAUGGUAGGACCGGUGGUUCAGGAAGAUCUCAUUUCCAUCAUCUUACGUUUUCGAACACACCGGUACGCUAUAAUUGCGGACAUCGAGAAAAUGUAUCGGCAAGUAUUGGUCCACCCAUCUGAUCACUUACUUCAACGGAUACUCUGGCGGGAUGAGCCGUCCGAACCGAUUAAGAGCUACGAGUUGACAACAGUCACGUACGGAACUUGUGCUGCGCCAUAUCUUGCUACAAAAUGUCUCCAAGAGCUUUCCAAACUUGGCCAGAUAUCGUAUCCUGCGGCCGCUCAAAUGAUUGCUAAGGAUUUUUACAUGGACGACCUGAUUAGUGGGGCUAACAAUAUCGAAGAAGGAAAGACUCUUUGUUCACAACUUCUAAAACUUCUUCAAUCUGCAGGAUUCCGUUUGAGAAAAUGGUCGUCGAAUUGUCCAGAAAUCUUAGCUCACAUCCCUGCAGAAUUUCGUGAUAAACGCAGCAUAUUUGAUUUACACUCAUCGGAAACCGUGAAAACACUUGGGCUCAAGUGGGAGCCAGCUUCAGAUAUGUUUUUAUUUCAAGCGCCGAAGUGGAAUAAAGAGGCAAUCAUUACAAAACGAAUUGCUCUUUCCGAUGCUGCGCGUCUCUACGACCCCUUAGGACUGGUUGGCCCGGUAAUUGUACUCGCCAAAAUGUUCAUGCAGGACUUGUGGAGAAAUCAAAAAUCUUGGGACGAACCGUUAGAAGAUGAUCACCAAACUCGCUGGCUACAGUUCCGUAAUGAAUUGAUCGCACUAGAAACACUUGCUGUUCCUCGUUGGGUUAUAUCGAUGCCUGAAAUCAGUAUCAUCGAGUUGCAUGGAUUUUGCGAUGCCUCCGAAAAGGCAUAUGGUGCGUGCAUCUAUAUGCGAUCUGUUUCCGCCAAUGGAGAUAUAGCUGUUCGACUUCUCACGUCGAAAUCGAAAGUCGCCCCUCUCGGCGAUAGUAAAAGGGAUAAAAGGAUUUGCUUGCCUCGCUUAGAACUCUCUUCGGCACUACUUCUCAGUCACCUUUAUCAGAAGCAAACCCUUCCCGGUGGAAGACCUUUGUUGCCAAUCGUGUCUCCGAAAUCCAGCACAUUACGAAGCAAGGAGUUUGGUCCCAUGUUCCUGGAAUUGAAAACCCAGCUGACAUUAUUUCCCGCGGCAUGCUGCCCAGUCAAUUGA